AAUCAUAGACUGUUAUUUUUACAGUCUAUGGUAAAAAUGUAAAAGUUGUUUUUACAAAUCGCCGUCGAAGAAGACGAAUUUCCGGUGAAACGUCGACGUCACAUCCGCUUUCUCGAUGCCGAAGUGAACCUUACAGUAAUGGCGGCGUGCCGGGGGUCUUCGUCGAAAUGGUUUUUCACCCGGGACCAGCUGGAAAGCACGCCUUCCCACCGAUGUGGAGUGGAACCGGACCGGGAACUGUCCUAUCGACAACAGGCGGCAAAUUUGAUCCAAGAUAUGGGUCAGAGGCUCAAUGUCUCCCAGUUAACAAUAAAUACAGCGAUUGUUUACAUGCAUAGAUUUUAUAUGCACCAUUCUUUCACCAAAUUCCAUAGGAAUAUAAUAUCUCCAACUACAUUGUUCUUGGCUGCAAAAGUGGAAGAGCAACCCCGGAAACUCGAACAUGUGAUUAAAGUUGCACACGCAUGUCUGAAUCCUCAAGAACCGCCUCUAGACACAAAAAGUAAUGCAUACCUCCAGCAAGCUCAAGAGCUGGUGAUACUUGAAUCCAUAGUGCUGCAGACCCUGGGCUUUGAAAUUACUAUUGAUCACCCACACACUGAUGUGGUGAAAUGUACCCAGCUAGUGCGAGCAAGCAAGGAUCUGGCACAGACUUCCUAUUUCAUGGCUACCAACAGUCUGCACCUCACUACUUUCUGCCUCCAGUACAAGCCCACCGUGAUCGCCUGCGUGUGCAUCCAUUUGGCCUGCAAGUGGUCAAACUGGGAGAUUCCAGUUUCUACUGACGGGAAACACUGGUGGGAGUAUGUGGACAACUCUGUCACUCUGGAGCUGCUCGACGAGUUGACCCAUGAGUUUCUGCAGAUCUUGGAAAAAACUCCUAGUCGGUUAAAGAGGAUACGCAAUUGGAGGGCAACCCAAGCUGCCAAAAAGCCGAAAGCUGAAAACGCCCAGUUGACUGACAACUCAUUCGCUGGUCCUUCAGUUCUCCAAGGCGACUUGUCUCUUCCUGGAAGCUCCUCGUCCAAUCCUAAUUUCUCCAAACUUGACACUGCCUUCCCCGUUCCCCUGCCAGGCCAGUCCAGAGGAACCCCCUUUUCUAUGGACACUAUUGUCAACACCUAUAUGCCAGGAAGCCACAGCGAGUGGCCCCAGAGCAACCAGAUUCAACCAGGGUAUCAUUCCAUGUGUGUGAAGGAAGAACCCGUCAGCGUUCCUGUCCAAGAAUCCGCUCUGGCUUUGCAGGCCUCCGGCUCCUCUCUGCUUCAGCAUCCGCCUUACGGGGCUGAAAAAAUGAUGGACCUCAACUUCAUAAAACAAGAGCAGAAAGGAGCCGGGAAGCAGUCAGGUUACCCCCCUCCAGCACAGCCCUCUCCAGCUAUGAAGCUGUCUUUGGAUAGGUACAGAGAGAAGCACGGCGGGGAGUCUGCUGCCCCCCAGCAGAAGCGAAGGCAAGAGCAACAUGGAGGAGUCUUGGACUGCGAUGUGCGAGGGGAUGCAUCAUCCUCUGCUACAUAUACACCGUUCACUGUUAGCCAAUUAGAAUAUAGAAAACUGCCCCACCCGAGCGCUCACAAUGCUGGAGGCACCAGCACUGCCUCCCCGAUGAAGACGAAGGGGCGUCACCAUGGUGACAAACGGGACAAGAGCUCAGCUAAGCUUUCCAUGGCUAUGCCAGGGUCCAGUUUGCAGCUGGAGAAAAGUGGACAGCUAAGCAAAGAUGAGCUGAAGAUGAAGAUCAAGGUGUCUUCAUCAGAGCGCCACAGCUCCUCUGAUGAAGGAAUAGCUUCCAACAACAAGAACAAACAUUCCAGCCCGCUCGUCACCAAGGAGAAGCACCGGGGAGGGGAGCACAACCUCCAUCGCUCACACAAGCUCAGCCACCUCCUCGCGCACAGCGGCAACGGGCGAGGGGCUGCAGAGGGGCCCGCGGGCCCGCUGCGGGGACCCCCAGUGCUGAUCAGCAUGGAGGGAUCGACGCACGGACACCCGACGUCCAACUCUUUGAGCUCGUCGCGCAAAAGAGUCUACACAGACGGGAGCCACAACCACCACUCCUCCUCAUCCUCCAGCUCCUUCUCCAAAGUGAGCAAACUUUCCAAGGGUGGCGCUGUCGCUGCAGGUGGGCUGCGGACCUCGCAGCAGUGUCCUCCGCCUGGUGAGUCACCACACGAGCUGGGAGACCAGCGACGCUGAGUCCGCCGCCCGCCUCCCUGCCGGAGCCUCGGUCAGCGGACCAAACCCGCAGACUCUGACUUUGAAGACUAUGCUCAACCUCUGCUAAGUGCCCAAGGACAAAGUCUCUAUAUUAAAAACCCUUUACUAAGGAGCAGAAAGCUUAUCUGCAUAAAAAAAAGUUCUGUUGGAGAUCUCAGUUUCUUAAAAAAACAAGUGAAUAAUUGUGCUUCCUAACUGUCACACCUCUGGACUCAACGCUGUCUUUCGCCGUGAACUGCUGCUCGUUUAAUUCCCCUCACAUGUUGCUCCUGGAACAUGUCGAGGGGAGUUCCUUUUCUAUGUCAAAUGUCUACACCAGAAAACAAGUAUUACAUGUUCCAUAAAAGCAAAGGAAGUAUACUUUUCCUUUAGAACUUUCUUUUUUUUAGACUACUAAUUUAACUGAAUCACUCUUCUGUGGUUGCAUGGAGGAAAAAGAAGGCCAGCUGGAGAAGAUUAGGUCAUCUGCUGGCAUUCCAUUUAAUUUGUUUUUGAUCUUGUCUCAUUUUUUAUACUUCAAAACUGUGCAUUUUGAUUUGCAUGUUGCAAUCAUCAAAGGGAUCUAAAAAGAGAGCGCUUAUUGCUGUUUACAGAAAACGGAGAUAAAUGUUCAUACGUUUUUGUAUGUAAAGAAAAAGCUAUACCGUGACUACUCAGGUUUGGAGCUGCUUGUAAUUAUAAAAAAAAAAAAACAACACAAAACCUAUAAAGUUUUAUGUCGUCGAUCAGUGCGAUGGGCAUCAUUUGUGCUUCUUACAGCUUCCCCGUAGAAGGUACCUUGUUUCCUCCACAUGAAACACCCUGCAACUGACACAUUACAUCCUAAUACAGCUGUUAGUGAUGCAGUUUGUACCAAAAAGCUGUUUACGAUGUAGACCCUUAAGCUGGACGCCAAAGGUUACAGCCAGAAGAUGUAUAAGGACAGUAGUAGGAAUAAGACUUUUUACUGGAUUACACUACAAGAUUACUUAUUCAGAUGACCAUCAUCAGUGUACACCAAGUGAAACUUUUUCUUGUAUUCCCACCCAGUAAAUUAUUUUUAUUUUGGCAUCUUCUAAAAAAAUGUGGAUGUUUCAUCUGUUCUUCACUGACUUUAAAUACCUGCUGAAACAUUGAUACAUAUUUAUUGGUUUGAAGUUCCACAGAUCAUUAUGGAAGAGAAGGUUCUCAAUAAACAUUUUCCCAGAUUUUAGUUUCAGCACUAUGAAUAAACCUCAAGAGUUUCCACUGCUCUAAAAAUUAA